AUGUUAGGUUCGAAGAUAUUUGUCCGUAAGUUCCACCGGAUAUGGCUUCAUUCUCCCCGACACAGCUCCGGCGGCCGUGGAGGGCAGAUUCCGGGUACCUUUUCCGGCCAACUUAAACCCUCCCAAGAGCUAGUGCCCACCCUCCCCGAUCCUUCCUCCCCGAAGGUAUGGAAUUGCUCGUGUGGUGAAGCUGAUACCCGUGUUCACGAGUUCUUCAAGACGCAUUAUUUCAAGAAAGGGAUUCAUCCAAUUCCAGGUGCUCGAAAGUCUCUUCACAAGUUAUCCCAAUUCUGCAACUUGUCCAUAGUUACGUCCCGACAAAAUGCAAUUAAGGACCACACAAUUGAGUGGGUUGAGGAACACUAUCCAGGCCUGUUUCUAGAGAUUCAUUUUGGCAAUCACUUCGCUUUGGAUGGACAACCAUCCAGGCCAAAAUCGGAAAUUUGCAAAUCAUUGGGAGCAAAGGUACUCAUUGAUGAUAAUCCAAGAUAUGCAAUUGAGUGUGCAGAAAAUGGAAUUAAGGUUCUUCUUUUCGAUUAUGAGAAUUCGUAUCCAUGGUGCAAGACGGAGUAUAUUAGUCAGCAUCCUCUCAUUACCAAGGUGCACAGUUGGCAAGAGGUGGAACACCAAUUAACCUCAUUAAUUGUUUAG